AUGGCCGGCGGUCACAAAAACCGCAGCAAGAACCGCCGCAAAAACAAGAACAAAGGCAACGGCAAAGAUGCCACCGAAGAGGGCCCCAAAGCCAGCGAUGAGGAGCCUGAUGUGCACAACAAGCCCGAGCCCGGUCCCUCCCAAUCACGAAAGAGCAAGACAACUCGCGCAUUAGGUAUCGCUCGAGCCACUGAUGCAGCGAAGAGGCUGCACCGCGUCUUGGGUAUAGCACCGCCAGAGCCGUUCGUUAUGCCGCCUGACAUGCCGGAGGGUCUAAAGGAAGAGUUCGAGGCUGGAUUGGAGGAGUAUGGACUCGAUAAGAAGAUGCAGAACCUUGGGUUGAAUAUGCUGAGUCAGGCGGCAGGUAUGCAAAAGCCUCUACCGGAUAAGCCGCUGUUCCCUUCUCCUCAAGUUGAGGCAGAGACUUGGGACGAAGGAAAGGGCAAAGGUAAGGGUAAAGAGCCUAUGUCUACUCCAGCAGCCCAGGAUAAGCAGCCUAUGGCACCCAUUCAAGCUACUCUCGCCAUCCACGGCCCAUCAGGAGGAGAGUCUUCGUCAGCUAAGAGGCGUAUGGCCCCUCCAGGCGGCGAUGAGGUCUCCGGUCCGGCGCCCAAAGGUUCCCGUGUAGACGGUACAACCGGCCUACCAACCCUUCCUGAGUCAUCUUCAUGGGAUAUCGAUUUCCCCGGCUAUACUCCCGCGCUCCUCACCAUCCUCCUGAACUGGUCCUUCACAGUACAGUCAUUCUACCGGCGCCUCCCAAACCCCAAGGCAUUCCGUGCCCAUGCCUCAUUUCCCUUCCCCGUCACCGCUCCGAUCUAUAACCACCUCAUCUCCGUCGGCUUUUACGACACCAGCGUCGUCCCACACAAGGAGAUCCGGUUCUUGGGUCCAGGCGACGUGGCUGAGAUUGCCUACGCAGAAGUCGACGUAUUCCGUGGCAAGGAGGAACGCGCUGCUUUCGAGGAGCAAGAGCAAAAGCAUACGAAGCUCGAGGAAAUGAAGAAGAAGCUGAAGCUUGGACGCGGGUACCGUGGGCCGGGAGGAGAGGCGACUCGAUCCCAGGACCAGAUGCAUCUUGCUAUCCACGGAGAGGGACGAUGGGCGUAUGUCCUGAUCAAGGGCCACCCCACCUCGCCUGAGGACAUCGCGCCGCCACACAUCAUGCUCGCGUGGCACAUCUCCGCCGUCACCAACGUGUCGAGUUGCCUGCACACCGUCUUUCCCGAGAAGGAUGCUCCCGCUCCUGGCGACCAGCCCAUGACCCCGACAUCUUCUAAGGAGCCACUGAAGAGCUUUGCUUCCCUGCAGAAUCUCGUGAGCGGAAGCCGUGGUCAGAAGCAUCUCCACCGCGAGAUCCACUCAGCCUCGAGCACUUCGGAGCUGCCUCAGGUGGAUGCAUCGAGCAUUGGGCCUCAAGAGGGUGCGCUCACGUUGAAGAGAACGGUCGCCAAGAUGGAGCACGCUGGGAGUAUACCGCUUGUUGAGGGCUUCCGGGUUGACGUGGGGCAGUUCAAGGGAUGGCUGGAUGCUGUGGGUAAGGGAACAGGCAAGCUCAUUGUUUGGAGGAAGUAG